UCCCCCAAGAUAUUGUACAGGCCUUAAGAGAUUUCCUCCAUCUGGUCAUGGACCACAUUGAAAAUGCUGAAGUUACCAGCAGUACUGUUGAAACUGUAGCUGGAGAGAUGGGGCGUCCCAGGUACAAUUUAGAGGAGGAGAGACUUGUUGAGCUUUUGGAGAUAAAUCUGUCUGUGGACUGCAUCGCAAAGUUAAUGUGCGUUUCAGCCAGUACAGUCAACAGACGUAUGAGGGAGUUUGGUCUCUCUGCCAGACAGAACUACAGCAAUGCUACUGACCAGGAGCUUGAUAAUGCAGUCCAACGCAUCAAAAAUGAAAUGCCCACAGCAGGCUAUCGGAUGGUCAAAGGGAGGCUAAAGUCCAUGGGAAUCCACGUCCAGUGGAGGAGAGUUACUGCAUCAAUGCAUCGAGUGGACUCGCUUGGGAUUCUUUCUAGACUGACUGGACUGGGCUGCAUUGUGCGAAGAACUUACUCUGUCAGGGGGCCCCUUUCACUGUGGCAUGUCGACACUAACCACAAACUUAUCAGGUACAACAUUGUACUUUUUGGUGCAGUGGACGGCUACUCCCGGAAGGUGAUGUGCUUGAAUGCUGCAACAAACAAUCGUGCAUCAACCGCAUUCACUGCCUUCAAAAAAGCUACUGAGAGGCAUGGAAUACCCUCAAGGGUGAGAGGUGAUCAGGGAGUGAAGAAUGUUGAAAUAGCCCGAUAUAUGUUCACUGUCCGUGGAACUGAUCGAGGAAGCUUCAUGUCAGGAAAAAGCGUCCAUAAUCAAAGGAUUGAACGUUUGUGGCGGGAUGUCAGAACAUGUGUGAUAUCAAAAUAUUACAACGCACUCCACAGCCUAGACAUGGAUCACCUUCUUGAUGUGUCCUCCAGAGAAGAUCUUUUGACAGUCCACCUGACAUUCCUUCCUAAACUGAAGGAAGACCUGGAGGCUUUUGUGGAAGCGCUCGGCCAGUGCUCACACAUCGAGCUCACUGACAGGACUCGCCUUCAGUUCGGACCAGAGUUCUUACAGCGGUGCGACCUGUUUUUGUCCGGUUUUUACACACGACACGCACGAAAUGCGCAGUCCGCCGGCUCGAGCUGCAGGCGCGCGGCGCACGUUUAUGGCUACUGCGCGAGAGUGCGGCUGUCUAACUGA